AUGUUCUAUCCCCUUGUUUUGCCAUAUUCCCAUAGAUUCCCUUCUUUUCAAGGUGAUCGAUGUACCUUGAUCAACGACUUUGCUACCACCACCUGCAGCGCCUGCGGCGGCCCCCGCGGAUAUGACGGGGGCACGGCGGUCCCGGCCGUCCCUGUGUCAGACAGCUUUGCGGCGGAAUGUCAGGAGGUCAUGGAGCAGAUUUGGAAUUUGGCUUCCCUCAAGGCGCUGCUGUCGUUGGUCGGCAACGUUCUCGAGCAUCCAGGUGAGGCCAAAUAUCUGGGCCCCAUCAAGAAGUCCAACGCACGGAUCCACAGCAGCGUGGUGCAAGUGGCCGGCGCUGCCCGAGUUCUGCGCUUAGCAGGUUUCACAGAGGACGCCGAGAGCUUCUUCCUGGUGGAGCCCCACGCAGCACGGCUGCUGCAAGUUCACCUGGCCUUGCAGGGGCAGCUGACGGCCGUCACGGCCAGUGCUGCCGCCAACGGCUAUGGUGAGGCCUCCACCGUAGCCUCCAAAUCCAAGUUCGACCAGAACUUGCUACGUGAGAUUCAAGCCGAAGCCCAUCAUCAGGCAGCACUACGCGGUGCCCCUGCGGCACCAGCGGUGACUGCAGCCCCAGCGCCGGCCAGCGCCAGCGCUGUGCUGCGGUUGCGGCUGCGGAUUCCUCUCGGUGGCUCUUUGGAGAUGAAAGUGCCCAGCGUUACACGUGUCACGGCGUUCCAAGCAGAGGUUCGGCAGUUGACGGGUGUGCCCUGUCACCACCAGCGCCUGCGUUUUGGUUUCCCAGCGUCCAGAGUCUUGAGACCCAACGAUGCGACGGACACCUUGCAGGACGCGGGUCUGCAGGACGGAGAGCUCUUGAUUUUGGAAGAUCUCCAUGACCUUUUCCUGGGAAACCUUGAAAGUGGCCAAUUCACCAUGGAAGAGAUGCUGGACAAGCUGCCUCCCGAGGCUCCAGAGGGAGAAGAAUUCAACACCAUGACCUUAUUCUUGAAUGUCUUGUCAGCCUUCGAGAUUGAGACUUAUGAGAUGGACUUCUGGCAGGGCGUGCGAUGCCGUUUGCGGAAGGCCUUGAAAGAAGACAGCACGGGGGAGUUGGAGAGUUUGUCCAGCGGACUUCAGAAGAUUCAACUCUUGUUCCGCCAGCACGACACGCGGCAGCGGAUGCAUCUGCUGCUGACCUCGCUGCCGCUGCGACGGAAGUCGCACACCACGAAGAUGACAAUCCUGCGAGCGAGAUUCUUGCAGGACGUCAUGGAUUUGGUUCUAGACAUGGAACGGCGCCACAUGCUCAGUCGCCUCCAAGUGAUCUACACGGGAGAGAAGGGCGUGGACGCUGGUGGACUCACACGCGACUUCUUCGCGAGCUUCGCGCGGCAUAUGGCAGAGGAGCAGAGUUUGUGGCGCACCACUGGCCGUGGAUCCUUACAUCCACUGGAUCCGCGACCGGUUGAUGGCGUUCCACGCAAGCUUCGGCAAACUCCCAACGACUUCUUCCGGGCUUGCGGCCGAGUCCAUGCGAUGGCCAUCCUGCACGGCUGCAAGUUGGGCCGUCCCUUAUCCCGGCCCUUCGUUCGUUUGCUGCUGAAUUUGAAGCCCAAGAGCCUCUCAGAGCUGCAGGCGGAGUUUAAACAUGAAGCCGGCGACGCAACGGACUAUCGUUGUCGGGAGGAUUUUCUGCAGAUGCCAUUGGAAGACUUGGGUUUGAAGGGAAUGCUGACCUUCUCGAACGAAAAGAAGGAGUUCCUGCCAGGUGGAGCUCAGAUCGAGGUCACGGACGAGAACAAGGAAGAAUGGCUUUGGCAUUCACUGAACUACGACCUCUUCGAGAGCGCGGAAUAUGCUGCCAGCUGGUUCCGCCAGGGGCUGAUCGAUGUCCUGGGCGGCCAAAGCAAGCAGCUGGGCAGCUGGAAGAAACCGGGGGAUGGAAAGAAAUUGGGUACUCAACCAUUGUUGAGUGUUACCAUUGGGAUAAUAUAUGGGAUAUAUAUAUAUAUAUACUGGUUGGUGGUUUGGAACAUGGCUUUUAUUUUCCAUCUAUUGGGAAUUUCAUCAUCCCAACUGACGAACUCAUAUUUUUCAGCGGCGUAG